AUGGGUGCCGUCGUCUCCUGCUUUGAGGGCAUCUGCCAAACCAUCGGCUCCGUGCUGAUGGCCAUCGUCAACGGCAUCGGUGCUAUCUUCACUGCCAUCAUCAACGGCAUUGUCUCGUUGUUUGACAUCAUCAUCUCAUGCCUCACCUGUGGCCGCCGCACACGAAGACAUCGUACGAGCGCAACCACGCGUAGGCAUCAUACCACAAGUACUAUCUGA